AUGAAGAAGAUCAAUUUGAUACUAAGGAAGUGCAAGACAUUGUCAAGGCAACUGGGUAGGAGUAGGACACCAUCAUACAGUAGCCUAAGGUCCAAUUGCACUGAAGAAGAAGAAGUAUGGAGUGGUUCUUCCAUGCAAGAGGGUGAGCGUUGCGAAACAAUAUUGGUUGGGAGCUCAAGAAAGCAGUACGCGAUUAGUUCCAAGUACUUGAACCAUCCUUUAUUGAAUGCUCUUAUUGAAAAAUCCAAGCAAAAGUCAGGCGGAGACCUAUCAGUGAAGUGUGAGGUAGUACUGUUUGACCACUUCCUGUGGAUGCUUGAUAAUGCCGAUCCCAAUCUCACUUCUGAUUCUUUGGAGGAAUUGGCUGACCUUUAUUUGCUCUGA